GAGCUUUCUGCAUAUUACAACGGUGAAGCCGCCGGUCCUCCUUUUUUAUCUACUAAUUUUAAAUCGGAAGGUGAUCGAAGAAAAGUUAUCCGAUUUCUCCUUCGUUGUAUUGAAUUCUCAG